AUGGUGGAGAAGCACGGAUUGUCGGAGUUCUUGAUUUGGCUCCGCAACACUUAUGUCCAGUGCAAUGUUUUUAUUCUGACGUACCCGGGCUCGGAUGCGCAGGGUGCAGGAGGCGUUCCCUAUCAGCAGCAGCAGCAGCCGAAGGCUGAUGGGGGAAAUCUGAUCAGGUCUCCGUUUGACACAGGCCUGCCCAUGAGGCACAAGCACCCCGACGGGUUCAAGUACUGA